AUGGAGCUCGCCGGCGCAAAGAAUCCGCACAUUCACGCAGCACACGCACUAUUCCGGUUGAUGGACUUGCCCAACGAGCUCAUCUAUCGCGUACUCAACUAUACCGCCUCGAUCAGCACCAAAGACCAUCCCAUCGUCAUCGGUUCGGUCCGGAAACGCAACAACCCCCAAGGAUCAUAUCAUCCACAAAAAUACAACGCAAGUGACGAGCGACUCUUCGGGCCGCCCAUCGCAAAAACCUGUCGCUUCCUACGAACAGAAAGCCUCAAAAUCUUCCCGGCCUCCAACUACUUCACGCUCGACGGACGCCGUCUCUGGGAUGUAAGUGCCAUGACACGAUGGCUUGUCCGUCUCUCCGACGAGCAGCUUCGAACACUCGGCGCCAUCCCUACUAAUAUCAUCCACCCUCCGUAUGACUUCUCCGUGGAUACAUCUAAAGAUGAACGAUUCAAAAAGAAUCAAAGCCCUUCUUUUUGGAGCGACGAUGAAUGGCCUUGGGGCAUGCAGUUUGCUCUUGGGUUUAUGAGAGAUAUGAUUUUCCCUUUGCAUGCCUUUUUAACCCAGGCGGGGUAUCGUACGUAUGUUAGUAUAGAGUCUGGGAGAUUGGUCCUACAWGGCAAACCUCUUGAAUGCAAAUUUGGGCUGCUGUUGGUUAGGUUGGCGGGUGAAAUUCCGGAUGCGACCAAGUGGCUUCUUCUUCAAGAUGCGCGGGCUAGUAUGAUGCCGGAUUGGAAUAUUCAGAGGGCGAAGUGGUGGGGGGUUUGA